AUGCUAAAUUCUUCAUUUAAUUUUUUUGAAGAGAAUGACAUAGGCAAAUUGAGAAAAUACUUUAUAACUAAAGAAAAUGAGUGGAAAAAGGAUAAGGCAGUUUUGGAAUAAAAAACCUAAUUACUUGAACUACAAUUAGAAGACUAUAAAUUGAGAGAAACCAACCAAAGAAAACUAAAUGACACUAUCACUUAAGCCAUCAAUGACUCAACAGCAAAUUAGAAAAAAUCGAUUGCAGAAUUAUAAAAGAGCAUCGAUAUUUAACAGAAAGACCAUAGUAAGACUAAAUUUAAGGAGUAAAUCAAACAGUUUGAACUUUAAGUUAGAUCAUUAUAAGAAUAACUAUUAGAAAAGGAAUCCUAAGCAAAGGAGUUAGAAUUACAAUACUAAAAGCAAUAUUUACUUUAUGAUCAUAGAAUUUCUUAGCUUGAACAAGAAAAACUUACAAAUAACUAAGAAAACCAAAGAUUAAGAGAACAAUUAGCCAAAUAGGAAGAUGUUUAUAAAUAAAAAGAAUAAUAAUAAAAAUUGUUAAAUGAACAAGAACUACAAAAAGUAAAGGAACUUAGCAUGCAAGAUCACAAAUCAAAGUAGUAGGAUUAUGAAUCCAAAUUUGUAUAAUUAUCCACCUUACAUGAAAAGGAGAAGGAGCAACUCUAAUUAAGAAUCAGUAAAUGCUAGAAUACAAUUGCAAAAUAUCAGUAACACAUUGAAUAAAAUAUCGAUAUCAUUAAUCUUAAAAAAUAGUAUGAGGAUUAAAUUAAAUAGAUAAACAAUAACAAUACAGAAAUCUAGGCACAAUUCUAAUAUGAAAAACAAAUUUUAUUAAAAUAAAUUGAAGAAUUAAAAAGACUAAACCGAGAUGGCAAUUUACAGGAAAGUAUGUGUUGUCAUGAAAGUACUUCUAAAAAGAGGAGUAUCGAUGCUGUUAAAAUAAAGAGCUCAGUCUAAUCAUAUGAUAGUCCUGUUUAAUGUAAAAGUUUUCACAUCGCAUGCCCUGAAAGUAAAGUCUAAAUUUAUAAUAACUAUUUGAAGAAUUCUUCGACCUAAUCUAUCAUUUUAGCUUAAAAAUAGUAAAUUUAAUAGCAAUCACAAGUAAACAAUCAAUCUUUUGAUAAAUCUUCUAAUUUAAAUGAUGGAAUCCCUAUUUCUAUGGAUUAAUUCAAUUUAAUGAAGGAUAAAAAAUAAAAGUCUUCAUCAACUUUAUCUAUUCCAACCAGUAAUAACUACAAUCUUAAUUCCUACUUAUAGGAAUAAAGCAUAUUUUAAUAGAAUCAGGAAUCAUUUUAAUUAGACUCAAAAAGCAAUCUGAAAGAUGAUACAUACAAACCUAAAAUUAUAAAAUAAAUAAAUCCAAAUAUCUCUAAUCGAUAAAUUUAAUUUGAUUACAAUAGAUCAAUUAAACAUUAAUUGUAAAAACACAAAGAAUUAAAUUAUUAAAGAUCUAUGUCCUAAGAAGGAGUUAAAUAGUAGAUGUCAAAUCUAAGUAAAAUAUUAGGUUAAACCGAAGUAAGUUAUUAAUAAAGUACAUCUACUUAGCAGAUAACAAAUAAUACUUCACUCAAUAGUUUUAAAGUUCCUGCCUUCUCUCAAAAUUAAUUGAAUUGUUUAAAGAAUAGUUAAUAAUACAUGUAUCCUUGUACAACAUUAAGAAUGAAAGAGAGCCAUGUACACAAGUUCAGAAACAAUAACAACCAUAGUACUCAUGAAGAGACAAAGUUUAAUAAAGAAAAUUAUUAACCAAUUAAAAAAAAUUCAAAAAAUGACAUCAAAGUUAUCAUAGGCAGAUUGUUGUAAAAUAAAGGGAGGUAAAGUGAGCAUCAAGAAAAUACAGGAUACAUCAUAAGAAAUGAUAGGAUUUGA